CAGAGAGGCGCAGUUGCCAUGGUAAUUAGAGAAAGGCGAGGUCGGUCAGACUGCUGCGAGAGGGUCGCGGACCGGUGGAGAAAACGGGCUGUGCUUCCUCGUUUGUGAGCUGGAAUUAGAAAAGGGGAGAAUAGAAUUCUGGAACAUUUCCGCCGUGGGAUUUCCAAGUGAGAGACUCAUCAUAUUUGGAAAGAGUAUUUUGAAGAAGAUCCUAAAUUUUAUUUUAUUUUUUUUCGUUUAAAAAUUGCUUGCUGCAAAGAGAACAUUCAUUCUUCCUUGUUGGAACAGUUUUCUUUUACAUUUGUGUGAAGUAGAAUGGCCGUCAGUCCAGGAAGUGAUGCGGCUUUUACUAGUCAGAAAUCCACGCUUUCAGAGAAUCCUCGAACAAAGAAAUUUCCACUAACUGAAGAAGAGAUAUUUUAUAUGAAUUGUAGAGCUGCCUACUUAACUAUCUUCAAAAGCAGCUUAGAAAACAUUAUUUCUAAAGAUCAACUUUGCCUAGCUCUUCAGUAUGCAGGAAGAAAUCCAUCCCAAAAGACCAUUAAUAAGUAUUGGACUCCUCAAACUGCUAAACUGAAUUUUGAUGAUUUUUGUAUAAUUUUAAAGAAGGAAAAACCUACUUCAAAAGCAGAACUGCUAAAAUCAUUUAAGCAAUUAGAUGUAAAUGAUGAUGGCUGUAUUUUACAUACUGACCUUUAUAAAUUUCUAACAAAGAGAGGUGAGAAGAUGACUCGAGAGGAAGUAAAUGCCAUAAUAAAUUUGGCUGAUGUAAAUGCUGAUGGAAAAUUUGACUAUAUUAAGUUUUGUAAAUUAUAUAUGACAACCAAUGAACAAUGUCUCAAGACUACACUAGAAAAACUGGAGGUUGAUAGUAAACUGAGGCGUCAACAGUUUGGAAGCCAUGUUGAAAGGCCCCCUGAAAGGGACCCAUCACCAGUAACAAAACAGUCACCUAGAAUCAUAAGAAAAAAUGACCAGGAAACAUUCUCAAAUAAAGGUGACACAAGGAGUCCUUUGCUGUCAACAAGUAGAAAGUUCAAAACAUCUGUUUCCUUCACAAUUACCAUGAGUGCUAAUAGUAAUCGAAACUCAAAGUUAACAGAGCCAAAUGUAAAGGACUGGCAAUACAUACAAUCAAAAGGCUGCUUCUUCUUAGAAGAGGAUGGCGAAAUCAUUAGUCAUCAAUACAGGAUGCAAAUAGCUCAAAAGUCCAUGAUUUAUCUAACAAUUAAGCCAUUAAACCUGAGUCAAGUCGAAGGAAAACUAUCCCCUUGGUCAUCAGUUGAUACUGCCUUAUAUAUUCUUAAGGAAAGUGAAAGUCAAUCAAAUCUACAGCUCGUGUGUUUUACUGAACAACGAAAUAGAGAAGUGUUUGGAUGGACUGGUGAACUAGGACCUGGAAUUUACUGGUUAAUUCCUUCUACAACUGGCUGUAGGCUAAAGAAAGAAAGAAAACCAAUAACAGAAGAAGCCCAACUUGUGUAUAGAGAUGAAACAGGAGAAUUAUUUCUUACAGAGGAAUUUAGGUCAACUUUAUUAGACAUAUUUGAAGUAAUUGAUUUAGAUGGAAAUGGUCUUCUUAGUCUUGAAGAAUAUAAUUUUUUUGAAUUGAGAACAAGUGGUGAGAAAUGUGAUGAAGAUGCUUGGGCUAUCUGCAAAGAGAAUUUUGAUACAAGGAAGAAUGAACUAACAAGACAGGGAUUUAUGGAUUUGAAUCUAAUGGAGGCCAAUGAACAAGAAGGAGAUCCUCGUGAUCUUUGGGUAACUCUACACUCAAUGGGCUACAAUAAAGCUCUCGAGUUGACAGAGGCAUGUCCAUUUGUCAUUGAUGUCUAUGCAGAAAAAUGCAAGCCAAGAAUUAAAGCUGUCCAUAUGGAGGGAUGCAGUGGGCAACUUGAGAAGGCCAUUUGUAAAUCUGUCCUUAACAAGGGUGAUACCAAAGUAAUGGGUGGCUAUGAAAAUAUAAUCAUACAUACUUAUAAUUGUGACACCUGGAUAACCUCAGUUAUUGAAAACAAGUCAGAUAAUAAAGUGAUUAUUCACAUCAACAAUGAGCUGAGUAAAAACUGCAUAAACAACAGGGGACUCAACGUGUUUGCAGUUGAAGUGGCACCAAAAUCUACAAUGGUUUGUCAACAUGUAAUGCCUCUGAAUGAACAUCAAGAAUGGCUAUAUUGUUGUGUAUAUUCCCUUAUUUAGUAGGUAAUUUCACUUGGUGUUAUCAAGCUAAGACUUAUUUUCGAUUUAGCUUUUUAUUUAUUUAUUAACUAAAUGUUAUUUGGUUUAACUGAUGUACCUAAUUAAAAUCUAUUUAAUUUAUAUACAUUUAUAUAUUAUGUCAUUAUAUACUUCAUUAUUAAAAUAUAAAUAAUGUUUUUAA